AUGGGGCAUGUGAAGCUCUUAGCACAUCUACUCCGGCAAGAAGCCCUCAAAGUGGAAAGAAAUAUGAACAGGUACCAAGUAGAAGAUGAGUCCUCUCAUUUGGAUGAAAUGCCCCUAAUGAUGUCAGAAGAAGGCUUUGAAAAUGAUGAGAGUGACUACCACACUCUACCAAGAGCCAGAAUUUCUCAGAGAAAGAGAGGCAUAGAAUGGUUUAUCUGUGGUGGCUGGAAAUUCCUUUGCACGAGUUGCUCUGAUUGGCUCAUAAACAUUUGUCGAAGAAAGAAAGAGCUGAAGGCUCGCACAGUGUGGCUUGGGUGUCCUGAAAAAUGUGAAGAAAAAUAUCCCAAAAAUGCCAUAAAAAAUCAAAAAUACAACGUCUUUACCUUUAUACCUGGGGUUUUAUAUGAACAGUUCAAGUUUUUCUUGAAUCUCUAUUUUCUCGUCGUGUCCUGCUCACAGUUUGUACCAGCAUUGAAAAUAGGCUACCUGUACACGUACUGGGCUCCUCUGGGGUUUGUUUUGACGGUCACAGUGGCACGGGAAGCUGUUGAUGAAUUUCGACGUUACAAGAGAGACAAGGAAAUGAACUCACAAUUAUAUAGCAAGCUGACAGUACGAGGUUAGCAAAAACAUUUGUAUAAAACCUUAAAAUAUUCGAUCUCUUUGUUUUAUACAUAUACUUACAGACUUUCAGUUCAAAGAAACAGCUGAUGGACUCAAGCAGAAUGAAGUUGAUGCUGAAUCAGUGCUUAGUUUUCCUUGGCUAAAUAAGGCAUGUUAAACUCUGUCUGUUUAAGCAGUCUUGUAAAUCUGUUGUUAUUUGUAUAAAGAUGAAAUGUGUGUGUGUGUAUAUAACUGCAUAUAUUUUUAAAGUAAACUGCUAUUUAGUACUACUAAUUUAAAGUGCAGUUCUUCUUUGAAAUGAUACAGAACAGUAACUCGGCAACAUUGUCAGCCAUAGGUUGAGUGUAUAUAGGAAAUAAUCGGUAACUAAGAAAUAAGAUCUAAUUAAAGUUCACUGAAACCUUUCAAUCUUGGCAGAUAUAUUUGUGCUUGAAAAAGUUGGGAUGUAAGCUUGUUGGGAGUCAGCUUCAGUAUCAGAUACAUCAUUUCUAAUAUUUUGCAUAAUUUGAAACCUAUAUGAUCCCAGAAUGGGGUUAAAAUGCUUUAACAUCUUCAGUUUUUCUUUGCAGAUGUUAACUUAAAAAAAACUCACUAAAUUAUGACUUUUUUGAUCUCUUGGGAAACCUUUGAAAGUUUCUUAGAGACUAUUAAAGAAAUGAAGCACUUCAAGUGUGAAGUGUCAGUUAAGUUUGAUAAGGUAUGAUAAAUUUUAAACGUGGGCAUAAGAGAAAAAACAAUACAUUCCUCCCUACUUUCACGUUGCUUAGCACAUUUAAAUUUUCACAUUCGGAACCAGCGUUGCACAGAAAGAUGCCAUGAAGUAAUAUACGUUCUUUUAUCGAUUUGAACUAUAACAAAUAACCUUACAAAAGAACACAAGAUUACUCUUACCCUCCUAAGUUUUUUUGCUGCAAUACCACUGGAAAGUCACUGUUAAGACUUUUUUUAUUGGCGUAUAAUUAUUAAUAGUUCUAGAAGGUAUUGAAGGUGUUAAGUAAUAUGCAGUUGUAUGCCUCAAGCAGUUAGGUUGUAUGGCGUACGUUGUGCUAAGUGUAAAUUUUAUUCAUUCAUUGCAACACAAAUUUCACUGCGCUUUUUAGUAUAUCUUGAUGAAUAGCUUUUGGGAGUUAGUGGAGAAAGAGUAACCUCACCAGAUCUGGGAGUCUUGAUGAGAAACCAAACUCUUGGAGUAGCUCUGGAUUACUCCUUCCAGAAAAAUGAGUUCAAAAAAGUAAUGUAACAGAGGUGCACUCUAUCUGAAAUCUUAUUGCAGGUUUAAAGCCAGUUUAAGGUAAAUAAGUAGCAAACAUUUUCAUCAGCGAUGACAUAACCUAGCAGCUGGGAGGAAUUUAUACAGCUUCCCUCACUGUUUCUCCUUAUAGCAGAAGGAACACUUGCGUUGCUUUCUGGAAUUUGGAUACAGCAGGGAGCAAGUAUAGGGAAUAUAUGCCUAUUGUUCUUCCCUUCCUUGUCAGCAAGAAGUGGAUUUAUCAACAUUUAGACAUACCGCUGUGGAAAUUGGCAAAUGCGUUAGUUAUCAUUUCCUUAACAAAAGUAAAUGCAUUGCUGGCCUGCGGAUUCUUACAGUCUUUAAUACAAUCUGUAAAGAGCUAGGCUUAGUGCUUUUCUUUCAAAGCUAUAAUGCUGUCUGCUGAUUGACUUAAUAGUUUUUUAGAUAUGGUAUGGUAUGACACUGAACACACACCUCUGAGACAGAUAGUGAAAUCCUUCCAUAUUCAGCAAUAGUGUUAAUGAUGUGAAGUUCUUAGUUCUGGAGGCAAAUGUAUAGCUUAUACAGCAUAAUGCAAGUGCCGAAACUGAUGCUUGCUGUUUUUAAGAGCUAACCUUGGUGCCUUUUGUGACUGUUCUUUCACUUUACUUGUUCAGAAGGUGGGGUGGGGGGGAAAUUCUCAGGAUUUUCUUCCUCAAUGUGCUAAAUAUUAGAGGUUCUGGCAGUAUGUUUAUGGUGAUUGUAAAUUACAAGGUAUUUAAGCAGCAUAUAAAUAGAAGCUUUGGAAUCCUGGUCUCCUCUUUCCUGGCUCAUAAUACUUUCAUUAAGCUAUGUGAAUUUGAGAGGGUUUUUGUUGUUGUUUUUAGAUUUUCCAAGAAAUAUGCAAGCUGUCAAUUAAAAUUUGUUUUCAUCACCUUGACUCUGCUAUUUGCUGGCUAUGGAAUAUAGACUUUAACAUAGCAUAUAUGUAAGGCCCAGCAGCUAUAUCGGGAAUUGGCCUGUAGAGACCAGUGACUUGUCAAAAGAUAA